AUGGACGUGCUGUCAGAAAGGUGGAUGGAUGGAAUGACUGAGGAUGUAGGCUGUCACGACCGGGCUGUCCUGUUGUACGAGUACGUGGGCAAGCGGAUUGUGGACCUGCAGCACACCGAGGUCCCCGACGCCUACCGCGGGCGCGGCAUCGCCAAGCAUCUCGCCAAGGCUGCGCUGGACUUUGUGGUAGAAGAAGACCUGAAGGCCCAUCUCACGUGCUGGUAUAUCCAGAAGUACGUCAAGGAGAACCCCCUGCCACAAUACCUGGAGCGCCUUCAGCCGUAGCCCUGGCCUGCGGGGCGGGAGCCCUCAUCCAGACCUUUCCUCACGGCCGAGGCCUGGCCCUCUGCGUGCUCUCAGGAAACCUGGUCCCUACCGGGUAUGGACUCAGAGUUAUUUUUGUAAGAACACUCAUCUGUGGCCCCUGGAGGCAGCUGGCCAAGUAUGGCCAGUGUCCAGCUACCGUGGUGAAGGCAACGCCAGGCGGCCACAGUCCCAGAAGCUCCUGCUCUACUGAGAUUGGUCCUGAGAGGGACUUCAGCCAGGAGCAGAAUGUGGACGGGGUCCCUGUGACCAUUCUGGGCUCCCCCUGCCGUUCCCUACUCUGUGAGCGACAGGAGGGCUAAUUUGGGGCCUGCUAGGUCCCCUAGGUCUGCAUCUUUUCUGUGGAUGAGGAGGGUGUUCCCUGAGCUGAAAGGAGCAAUAAGAAACCUUGUGUGCCAACUUCCCAGGGGUAGAGCACCCAGCUGUGGUUGCCACCAGCACUGCCCCUUCUCUUCCUCCAAGUCACGGGCCCUGGCGUGAGAAGGGCGGCCCUCCCGGCACGCGAGACGGGCCAAGACCCGUGCCUGCUGCUUGAGCUCGGCUGCGUACACAAGCACACACCACAUGCACAUACAGGACGCCAAGGGCAGGGCGUGCACUGUCCAGGGGCUGACGGGGGAGCGCUGGGUGCUCUCUCCUAGUACCUGCCCCCUUAGCUCCUUGCCCCUUGUCUUUCGGCUCUACAAGGCCCCCAUCCCUCAUGGCUGUGCUUCCUCCCAUUCGCCCCCUUUGGCCCCUGCUCACCCCUAUCUGUCACAAUCCAGCUUCAGGGGCAUCUGGAGCACCCCAGAUCCCCACUUCACAGUGACCUCCUGCUGCCCUGUGGGUGGGCUUUCUCAGAGAGGACCCUCUGGAGCUGGGACGUGGGGGCCGGGGGGAUACAGAUGAUCCUUAAAAACUCACCACCCGAGAGGAGGAAAUGUUUCUGCUGGGGGAUUUCCUUUGCUGCCACAGAACAUUUUUCUCUUUGUGGGGAGCUUGUGCCGGGCACGUUCAGUUGCCUGUCUGCCUUCCUGGUAAGGACCUGGGAGGGGUACUGACCACCCUUUGUUCUCUGAGGCUGACCUUUCUGGAGGCCCUUAGGGCUUCCUUUUGGGGGCUGUUUAGAGCUCAGGGUCCUAACUUGUACCCCACCCCCCUACCCUCUCCCCACUGUAGGGUCAAAUUCAUUCUCCUCCAUGGCACUGAGUUGUUAACAUCAAACUCCUGGGUGACGUGUCCCCUGCAGGCCUCUGACUGGGCUCAGGGAGAUAUGGGUGCUAGGGGUGCUGGUUGCCACGGUGACUCCUCCAUUAACUGCCAUGCCCUGGCAGGCAUAGGCCUGUAGAUGCCUUUUCUGCUCACCUCUUUGUUCCUGUCUCCACAUUGAGGCCCUCACCCCAGCCACUUGCUGCUCAGGGGCCCAGCCCACACAUUUCACAGAUGUUGUCCCACUCUGUAGCAGGAACAAGAUCCUCACAUGCAGGAGGCCUGGCAGUCUGCCCACCUAAGGGUCCCUUAGCCCCAAUGUCACUGUCUUUAGUAUCCCUCACUCCCUCCCAUGUCCCAGCCCCACUUUGGCCUCCGGGAGUUCCUGAGACAUCCAGAGACACCCUUCCCCUCCUUGCUUGCUUCUCAGUUCUGAUUAUGUAGGACUAGAAAGGCCCCUAGGCCUCCACUGUGCUGGGAAUUAUGGGUCAGGAAGAAAUAGUUUGCAGGAAGUGGGUUUAUCUGCUGGGUCCCCUCUAAAAGGCUGGAGGUGUCCCUUUCCUGGCAGAGUUUAAGAGUGGGUUGUAGGCCUGAGAGUGGACAGAAGGGCCAGCUCAGGGUCUGGGCCUCUUCCCCCUCUACUGUCCAGGGCACCUGGGCUAGAAUUCCCCCCUCUCCCUCCCUGUAGGACUGCCCUGCCUCAUACAUACAUGCCUCCCCAAGGUCUAACAUAGACUCUGUCUUGAAAACUCAGUAGCUCAGUGAGCUGGUGCUAUUUCCUCUGAGGCCUGCAGGGCAAGUGACCAGGCUGAAGGAGGGCAUUGUCCUGCAGUGGUAAUACCCAGGACCCCCAGGAGAGGCCUCCUAGGGCAAGCAGGGCAUUGAGGGUCAGAGAGCCAGGUCGCACCAAAAGGGAACGGGCCAUCCUCACCGUCCCAACCUAGGAUCCUGUGUUCUGCCGGCUGGCGACCCCACAUUCAGCCCAGCAUAUGCAUAAAACAGUACUUGAACCAAAAGAUGUGUGGGGUCUUGGGGGCCCUGUGUCACCCUAGGUCCAGAAACAGCUAGUCUCAGUUCCUGCAGGUACGACCUGGAUCGCCUCAACUCAGGAGGCCUUAAAAUGCCACUGUACCCACUACAGGUGGUUGGGCUGCUGUGCUAGCCUGGCCCUCAGGCCCACACAGAGCCUCGUGGCAACAGUAGCCUCCUCUCCCAGACCGUGGCCCUGGGUUGGCUACAGAAGCCUAUCCUGGCUCUCCCAAAUCACCUUGGGCCAGCCAACGUGACUGACCUGCCCCCUGGUGCUAAACAGUCUGGUGUCCCAGCCUUACCACCCUCCUUAAUCCUGGAAUCCACACCAGGGCUCCCCUCCCUGAGGAUCACCCUGGAGGCCCACGCCCUCCCGCCACACCCAUGCUGUGAGUUUUUCUCCUUGCUCAGUCAAAAUAGGUGGUCACUCAUGUGCCUUUCCUACUCAGGACCUGUUACAGAUGGGGUCUGGGCCAAGACUGGUCCCUAGACCUGCUCCCUUUGUUACUUUUCAAACUCCUAAACAUAAUGCAUGACAUACAUUUCAAUACAAGGUGUGACCUCAAGUACCAGCUGGACUGCUGUGGGCAGGGGCCGGAAGGCUGGUGCUGCUCUCCCUGCACCGUCCUGGCCCAUAGCAAUCUGAUUGCUGGUGCCAUUUUUUUUAACUGAUAAGGAAACAGGCACAGUGAGAUUGAGUCCACAGGGGUGAGGAACGAGGGAGGAGGCAGGUAUGGCAGGCACCCUCCAUUCUUUUUCCCUGCUUGCAGCCUGUUACUUAAAACCAUUAGUGCAGCCUAGUUUCAGGUAGAAAAAGUGAGACUCCCAGAGGAAUUGGGUUUGGGCCAAGGUCUUGGAGCAAGACAGUGGUGGCCUCAGUAUCUACAGAUGUUGCUGUUUGUGUCCAUCCACAUCUCCCCACACCAUGGCUCUAGUAGGCUGCAGCCACACUCAAUACAGCUUCCCUUGUCUUUGAGGUGGCCAGAUGGGCUACUGGAAGGUGGCUGUGACAGUAUAUCACACUGCAUAGGCCUCUGCCCUCAGACAAGUGCUCCCCUGUGAAAAGUCACUUCUUGGGACUUUUGGUCCAGGAGGGAGGGGGAGAGGCAGGCCAAUCUCCCUUUGAUACAUGGUGCUGUCCACGCAGUCCAGGUGGCAUCUGGCAGACAGGAGCAUGACUUGCUCCUUGGCUGCACAGGGACAGUGGGAACUCCACUUCCUCCUUCUGGUUCCCCCUCCAGUGAUUACAGUAACCGUGAACAAAGAGGAGAAGGAAGGCACUGCUGUCACCAGGCCCUUCAUGGUCUAGUCCAGCCUGUCAUCACAGUCCCAUGAGAUCCCAUUUCUUAAGAUUGUUUUACCAGUGAGGACAUGGGUUCAGUCAGGGAGUCACUGGACUACAGCCCAUGUGGCUAGAAAACAAGGCCAGGGCCCAGGCCCAGCUCCUGUGCCUUUGAGAUGAUGCCACGCUGUGUGCCAUGAGGCCUUCUGUCCACUUGAGGGGACAGGUGGCCUCAGGGACCAAUACACAGGUAACUUCACAACUCCCUGCUCAUUUGGAAGCCUUAAAUGGCUUGUCACUACAAGGUGUCUGGCAGACACGGAUACACCAGCUGGAUCAUGAUGGAAACUGACAGAGCACCUGACCCUGUGCUCGCAUUGUUCCUCAGUUCAGGAUUCCACCCAGAUGUCCCUCUGCUAUUCUCAGGGUCCUCCUCCUUCCAAAUCAACACCCUAACUUUCAUAUUAGAAGUCCGGUGAGACUGUGAAUGCAUUUUGUAACUGCAACCUGCAAGGUCAAAUUUAGGGUUACAUUUUCAGUUGUAUCAGUCUCCUGGCUACAGAAUAUUAAAGAGAUUCUU